AUGAAAAAUUGGAAAGUAGUCAAGCCGCAGAAUAAACUAGCACAAGAGAACAACAAGCAGCCACAGGAUCUAAAGAAGUCUCUUUUAAGAAACAAGAAAGCAAAGAAGAGCCGCUUUACAGGAAUUGGGGCAUUUGUAGCAGUAGUUGCUGUUAUGUACGCUUUCGUAUCACUGGGUAUUUUCAGAAAAAUAGGCGAAAAAUUAUCCUCUAUGCCAGCUAUGCAACCAAUUCUUACAAAUGAAUAUUUUGUUCUUCUGAAAAGACUUUUACAGCUAGCUGUGCUUAGAGCAGAGUUAUUAUUGAUAAAAGGUCUUGAGGUGGCAAAGUGCGUUUUGUGUAGAAUUUGCAUUGGUGCAAACAUUAUAGCAGAAAAAGUCCCAGGAUAUGAGAAAGCCAAAGGAUUCUUAAGAACCUGUGAACUCUGCAAAUGCGGCAAAGAUCUUCUUAUAAGAAUAGAAACCACCGGAAAGAAGUUGUUGGAUUCUUUGUGUGAUAAAAUUAGGAGAAUACAAGCAAAUUAA